GCGAUGGUUUUUUGAUGUUUCUUCACAAUUUUGUACGAGUACAAAGUUUCAUCCCCACCAAUCACCAUGAAGUCUGUGUUAAUCGUUUGUCUACUGGCCAUAGUUGUCCUCGCAGCAGAGGCAAAUCUGGAGAAGAAAAUCUUCAAGCGAGAGGAACAACCAUAUAGAAUUACUAAAGCCCAGUUCAAGGAAUACCUGAAUUGUUCGAAGGAUAUUGAUGAUGUUUUCUACAAACAUCUGGAGGAUGGAGCAUAUAACGUGAAAUGGGCUGACAUCUGUCCAUAUGCAGAUUAUGGUCGUGAGGUGCUGAGGAAUGAAUCUAUCCGCCAUGAGUGUGAUACUGAGGAAAUUAUAGUUUUCUAUGAUGAACAUGUAUCAGGUAUUUGUGACCAUGUCCUCUCAGAAAAGGUGUGGUUUGGAAUGGAAUGUGAAGGAACUGGGGAUUUUGACUACAGACCUAGUGAAUUUGACGAUGCACCCGAGAAAAUCUGUGAGAAUCCACAGACCGUAAUUGAUAUUGGUUGCAGAGUACUGAAGGAGGCAAAAGACAGAGAGUGUAACAAAGAGAGCCUUCCACACAUUGGAAUGGGAGUGGCGAUAUUCAAUCAGGUGUACUGCCACAAAGGAGACUUUGCACCAAUUGAUUUAAUGGAAAAAUGCCAGCAAAGUGGUGGCUCCAGUGGUGACUAAAGCAAAGAUGG